GAGGACAGGAGUGAAGCACAGCUAAAAGUACUCAAAGCUAAAUCAGGGUCAGGCAGCCAAGGGUCAAACACGAGCAUGAGGGCAUCAGAGAACAACCAGAGUGGUUAGGGUCCAGGCGAGGGUCUGGACAGGCGCCAGACGAGCUGAUAGGAAGUGUGGAGAGAGGUGACCUUUCUUAUCCCAAAAGCCAAUUCCAUGACCGGGGUUUGGGCCAUUGUGGCACCCUUCUUUGACUGACACCCUAAACCACAUUGCACAAGACAGCCCAUUGAUGUUGUUUAAUCCUGGAUUAAAAACUUUUGAGCAUAACAGAAGUUGGAUUUUUUUUUUCAUCUUUUUUUCUCUAAACUUUUGUAAUUCCUAGCGUGUCCACAUGAGGGCACUGUUGCGUUUGAGCUUCAUUUUUUUAGCACGAACAGCUGCUACUGUUCUCUGCCUGGUUCGGGAGCGCGCCUGGACACCGUGCUUGCGCAGUGCGUGGACUGUCAUUUGGCAGCUGUUGCUCAUCUUUGCGCUCCUCUUGGUUUCUGCUUCAACCCGCAGCUGCUUCGUUCGUUUAGGUCACUCUCUAUCCAUCAUAGAUACACGUUUUACUGAAACUGUUAUGCUAAAAUGUAUUUCAGCUCAAGUUUGGUCUUCCUUUGAGUUAAAAACACGCCGUUAAAGACAUGCGCUGAAACUCAACUGUGCGUAAAAGUCACGCCAGGCGCAGACUCUGAUUCAUCUGCGUGUUAAUAUCGCGGGUUUGUUUCCUGCAGUUUGGAAGAGAUUUUGCUGCUCGUGUUUCCCGUGGAGGAUGACGGUCAGAUGAGCUGCUGCCUGGGAGGCUUUAACCGCUCGCUGGAUGAGAUGCGCUCCUUUACGCACCAGCUUCCUCUGCUCCUGCCUUUCCUGAUCCUGAUCUGCACGGUUCGUGGCCGGUUUCCUCACUGCGUGCUGCACUGGGAGAUGCAGAGGGCCAGAGGAGACUGUGAAGCUCAGCUGCAGCAGCAGACGGCGGCUGCAGGAUGUCCAGGAGAGUGGAACAACGUGUCGUGUUGGCCGAACGCCGCGGUCGGUGAGGUGCUGACCCUGCCCUGCCCCUCCCCCUUCCUACUCUUCUUUGAAAAGAACGGUAACCUGAGCAGGAACUGCACGGAGAAGGGCUGGUCGACCGUUUACCCCGACAUCAGGAGCGCCUGCUACUCUGAGAUCACCGACCAGCCCAAGCAGCUGGUCUUCUACAAAGUGGUGCGUGUCCUGUCCACGGUGGGCCACAGCCUGUCGCUCAUCGCACUGCUCACCAGCACCAUCCUCAUCUGUCUGUUCAGGAGGCUGCACUGCAUGAGGAACUACAUCCAUCUGAACCUGUUCGUGUCCUUCAUGCUGCGCGCCGUCGCCGUGCUGGCCAAAGACACGCUGCUCUUCUCAGAGGUCGAGGCCAUCGACUGCAGCACGCAGCCGUCGCUGGUGGGCUGUAAGGCCACUCUGGUUUUCUUUAACUACUUUGUGAUGGCCAACUUCUUCUGGCUGCUGGUGGAGGGACUCUACCUGCACACGCUGCUGCUGGUCGUCCACACCCACGCCGCCCGCCUCUCCAUCUACAUGUUCAUCGGCUGGGGAAUCCCCUUUGUCUUCAUGGUGGCGUGGAUCAUAAGUCGGGUGAACCUGGAGGACACCAGCUGCUGGGAGAUCAAUGACAAUCCUGUUCCUGACAGACUCAUCAACUGGCCCAUCAUGGCAUCUGUGAUUAUCAAUUUCAUUCUGUUCAUCAGCAUCAUUCGCGUCCUGGUGCAGAAGCUGCGCUGCUCUGAGGUUGGAGGCAACGAUCAGUCUCAGUACAGACGGCUGGCCAAGUCCACGCUGCUGCUCAUCCCGCUGUUCGGAGUCAACUACGUGGUGUUUUUCUAUCUGAUGGAGCCAGAUGAUCAAGUCUUGAAGCAGAUCAAGAUUUUCUUUGACCUUGGCCUUGGAUCGUUUCAGGGUCUGAUCGUCGCCGUCCUCUACUGCUUCCUGAACAGCGAGGUCCAGGGCGAGCUGAGGAGGAGUCUGUCUCUGAAGCGAUGUGUGGGGGGUGAGGAGAAGCUGCAGGCCGUGGCCCUGAACCGGAACGGCAGCCAGAGAUCCCCAAAGUUUCCCAGGAACGCCCGAGCUCAGUCCAUCCUGCAGACGGAGACCAGCGUGCUCUGAGGAGGAGGGAAAAGAAACCCCGCAGGACUUCUACUGACUCUUCCAUUGAAAACACGUUCUAAAACCUGCUGUUCCUGACUGAUCUGAGUACACUCUUAAAUGUGUUUAGAAACAGAGACGGGACAUGAAUAGCAGAGCUGUGUUCCAGUCUUCUCGUGGUUUGGUGGAGGUUGCGUGGCGUGGACAGGACCGCCCUUCCAUCAUCUCUCUUUGAAACAGAGCAGAAGCUGUUUCUGAAAUGACCUUUAGAAAGACAUUCUUGUACAUUACACCUUUAUUAGAUUUUAACCUGUUCUUCUUAGUUCAUCAAGUCUGUAUUAAAAAAGUCUAUCUCUUUGAUUUUUCUUUAUUUUUGUAAAUAAUAAUAAAAUCGGUUUGAAAA